CUCGUCCUGCAGGAAACUGAAAUGGCGGAUGAAUUCAAGCUUAUGUCCAGUGGUAUGGCUUGUGAUUAUUGGAAUCAAUAUUUUCAUUCAAUUUGGUGAUCAAUAAACGUUUUAUAAAUAGAGUUCAGUAUAUUUAAUGUAUUUUUGCAAAGAAACUAAAUCAAUACGAUAAAUAUAAAUCUUGUUUGCGGUGUAAUUACUAAUUUAUUUAGUUCAUAAUCUGGGCCAGGCGCACAUUAACGAAAGGCUUCUAUCAAACGUGGGUCUCAUCAAAUGGAAUUUAUGUAUUCGAGGAUUUUUUAAUGCCAUCGUAGAGGUGAUAGAGAAAAAACAAGUUCUGGACAAUUUUAAUUCGAUCUGGAUUGUACAUUGGUAGUCCUUAAAAGUUUACCUAUCUGUGUAGUUAAAGUGAAGAUAAGUAUUUUAACAUUGAAAUGUAUUUGGAGUGAUGAAAGAGAUAAUCUUUAUACAAUUUGAUGUCAAAAGUACCUUGGCGGAAAAUUAUAGAAGUAUUGGUUCUUGAACUAAAGUGAUCAAUGUUAAGUUUCUCCCUACAUUAUUAUACAAUGUGUUCUAUUGUAAAUGUGCAAAUGGUUGCAAUGUAUUCAUGGAAAUUUCUAUCAUUUGUCAAGGUAUUUGGAAAUUACUUAAAAUGGAAAUCUCAGUAGAUCACUUUGUCACAAGUUGAACAGAAAAUAGCUGAUUUUCAAAUAACUGAUUAAGUUUCUGAUUAGUUGAUAUUAUGCAUCAUAAAUGAUCAAUCCUACAAAUCACAUUUGAUGUACUUACAAUGCUUGCAGUGAUUAAGAUACAAAGCAGAGCAUGGCAUCCCUUUGGUGGGAGGUUAAUGAGGUUAUGGUAAUAUUUUAGGAGUGAAUGAUGAACACCACAAAUCAGAUUUGAUGUACUUGUAUGGUUGCUGUGACUAAGAUACAAAUCAAAGCAUAGUUUAGGUUUAGAUGAAUGGUUAAUGAGGUUUCGGUGUAGUUUAGGGGUGAAUGAUCAAUCCCAAAAAUCGCAUCUGAAGUACUUUUAAUGCUUGCAGUAAUUGAAAUACAAAUCAAAGCUUGGCAUCGCUUUAGCAUAAGAUCUUAUAGCCCUAAUGUUCCGAAGGAAAAGAGGAUUUUUGUAUCCCAAGUACAUCCAUGGGAGAGGCAUGUGAAGAACCCAUUUCUUACUUGAGCCCUGUAAUCUUGUUAAGAGGUUUGUAUAUUUGUCUAUGCAGCAAUUUGUUAGUUUGCUUCGCCAUUUGAACCUAUUGUAACAGAUCUCUAAGAAACAGACUGAAUGAUAUUCUUAAUGGAUUAGGAAUGAAAUGUUUUGACACUUCCUUGGCACAGUUUUACAUUACAGUUGGGAAUUUACUCUUAAUUCAUGCCUGCUAACUUGAAAAUUUCAAGACUUUUACAACUUUCAUUAAUCUAGAUGUGUCAUAUAAGAAUGAAAAUGAUAAAAUUUGAUUUAUCUACAACAGUUGAUUAGAGUUUAUGUGGUCUUUUUUUUUUUUUCCAUUUGGUUCUUGGAGUUGCAAAAUGUCCAUAAGGUCACCAGUUAUCGGCACCAACAUGUUUAUGAUUUAUGUUUUUUUUUCUGUUGCCCUUUAACCUCUCGAUUUCACUUCAAACUUAGAUCUUUGUAACUAAUCCACUAGAAACAGGAGGACAGUGACUUAACAGAUUGUAGUAAUUACCUCUAAUGCGUCAAAUAGGUGUGACUAGGAUCAAAUGAUGCCAAUUCUUUAAAAUAUGUUAAAUGCCAUUAAAUUGAAUGCUUGUUGCUGAGUGAUAAGGGGCAAAUUUGGAACAUUUUCCUUCCGAUUUUUGAUGAGUCAGAAAUAAUGUAGUCAAGUAAAGCAAUGAUCUUCACAGGAGAGGAGCAAUUUAACAAAUGCAGAAAAGGAACCAGAAAAAAUUUAGGCUUUUACAGGAUUCAAACUCAAUCUCCUUCCCCCUCUCCCCAGAUACUGAGUUAAAAAGCCACCUACCAGCCCCAUGGAGGAAAUUCAUUUCAUUGAAAACUAUGAUCAGGAAAAUGUUUUACCAACCAGACUUGUUUCAUUUGUUAGAUUCAGUUAAUUUAUCAAAAUCAGCUUUAAAGAACAAGAAAAGGGCAGAGAAGCGAUCAAAAGCUAGGAUAGAGCAGAUAAAAGAAAAUGGUGGCAUUCUGGAAGCAAUGCAAAUGAAGGAUCCUGUUGAUCGUUUGAGGGAGCAAUUUCAGGAAGCAAAGAACAACAAGGAUCAUAAACUUGCAGCCAGGUUACGUCAACAGUUGUGGAUAGCCCAAGACAGUGCCGCUGGUGUCAGCUUGGAGGAGGUUGAGAUGCUAGGAGCUGAUACUUCAUCGUGCUCUGAAACAAAAUUUGUCCAAGAAACAAAAUCGGACUCUGAAUCACCGCCACAAGUCUCACAAGCUAGCGGUCUUACCCCCUCAGAGAAAAGACUACGAACUCUGAAGAAAAAACUCCAGCAAAUAGAAUCAAUAAAAGAAAAAAGAGAAAAGGGAGAGGUUUUAGAGACAACGCAGCUGGACAAGAUCGCAAAAGAACAAGAAAUUCUUGAUGAACUCAGAGAAAUUGAGUCACUUUUGACAGGUAGCUAGUGAAACUCGCAUAGCUAUCUAUAGACUUUGAAUUGAUAUUAAAUUGAUUAUUAAAUUGAUAAUUCCAUCAA